ACCAGUCAACCCCAUUCGUCUAAAACUCACUCACACCUUAACCCUCUCUCUCUCUCUCUCUCUCUCUCUCUCUCUCUCUCUCUCUCUCUAUGGACGAAACAAGCGGUCGAAGAGAGACUCAUGACUUCAUGAAAGUGAACGUGGAAUCCUUCUCACAGCUUCCAUUCAUCCGCCCAGCUCCGGCCAAAGAAAAAGCCGCCAUUCGUCUCUUCGGCAAAGACUUUGGGGCCGGAGACGUCCAAGAAGAUUCCGAUUCAUCCGACAACAACACAAACAACAACAUCAAGAACAAGAAGAACGAAGAGAAUCACGACAAAGACAACAACAGCAGCAGCAGCAACAACAACAAUGGCGGCAGCAGCAGCAGCAGCAGGAAAUUCGAGUGUCACUACUGCUUCAGGAACUUCCCGACAUCUCAAGCCCUAGGCGGUCACCAAAACGCUCACAAACGCGAACGCCAACACGCCAAACGCGGAGCAACCUCCGACGGCAAGGGGAUAACCCAGAGAAAACAACAUACGGCUUCCACCACAGCAGCUACAGCUACAACCACCACCGCAACUACCUCGGCGGCGGCGGAGGCGUUUCACCUGCGGUAA